GUCAUGGCGUGACGCAGGCGGCCGGUUCUCGACCGCCGCCGCCGCCGCCGCUGUUGCUCCCGCCACCGCUGCUGCCGCCGCCGUACCGGGUGGUGAGCUCGCAAGAUGGCGGCUCUGGCUGCGUCCGUUUUCAGAUUCAAGUUAUGGACAAAAACUCAUUCGGAUUAUGUAUUUCUCAGCUAGACUACAUAAAUACUAACAAUGGAUAAAUGCAAGCAUGUUGGGCGGCUUCGGCUCGCUCAAGAUCAUUCCAUCCUCAAUCCUCAAAAAUGGCAUUGUGUGGAUUGUAAUACUACAGAUUCGGUAUGGGCUUGCCUUAGCUGUUCUCAUGUGGCAUGCGGAAGAUACAUUGAAGAACACGCACUCAAGCACUUUCAGGACAGUAACCAUCCGGUAGCAUUGGAGGUGAAUGAGUUGUAUGUUUUCUGUUAUCUUUGUGAUGACUACGUUCUUAAUGAUAAUGCAACCGGUGACUUGAAAUUACUGCGGAGUACACUGAGCGCAAUCAAAAGUCAGAAUUAUAACUGCACUACUCGGAGUGGAAGGAUUUUACGCUCUAUGGGUACUGGGGAUGACGCUUACCCUUCCCAUGGUGGUGCCCAAGCUCUCCUUCGAAAUGAAGAUCAAAUGUUCACUGCUCUUUGGCAUAGAAGGAGGAUGCUAAUGGGCAAAGUAUUUAGAUCUUGGUUUGAACAAACUCCCAUUGGGAAAAGGAGAUUAGAAGAAGAAAGACUUCAGGAAGAAGCAGAAGCGAAGAGAGAAGAAGCAAGGAGAAGACGACAGGAACUGAAGCGUCAGUUUAAGGCAGAAAUGGAGAGAAUGCCUCCGAGGAAAAGUUCACGUUUGCAGGGCCUUGCCAGGUCUGGCAUUAUGGAAAUGCUCCCUAUAAAGAAACUUGCUCAGAGCCCUGCAUCACCAGCGACUGGUAAAAAAGUGUCUACCUCACAUAAAAUAAGAUUAAAAAAAGUGAGUGAUUCCCCUGUCAAACGAAGACCAACAGUGACUCCUGGGGUAACAGGAUUGAGGAAUUUGGGUAAUACCUGCUAUAUGAAUUCUAUUUUGCAGGUAUUAAGUCACUUACUUAUUUUUCGACAAUGUUUUUUAAAAUUGGAUCUGAACCAAACUCAAGAGUUGCUGGCUACAGCUGCUAAUGGGAAGACUAGAUCUUCUUGUAAACAUCCACCAGUCACAGAUUCUGUGUUUCACAUAAAAGAAAAUCAAGAAAAAUAUAAAGGCUCUCCUGGGUCAAGACGCCCAAGUCUGUCUUCAGGUUUAAGUGGUGGGGCAUCUAAAAGCAGGAGCAUGGAACUUAUUCAGCCCAGGGAGCCAAGUUCCAAAUACAUUUCUCUUUGUCACGAACUGCAUACUCUUUUCCAAGUUAUGUGGUCUGGAAAAUGGGCAUUGGUGUCCCCAUUUGCCAUGUUACACUCAGUAUGGAGGCUAAUCCCAGCAUUUCGUGGUUACGCCCAACAAGAUGCUCAGGAAUUCCUCUGUGAGCUUUUGGAUAAAGUACAGCAUGAACUAGAGACAACGGGUACCAGGUAUCCAGCUCUCAUCCCCACUUCUCAAAAGAAACUUAUCAAACAGGUUUUGAAUGUGGUGAAUACCAUCUUUCAUGGACAACUUCUUAGUCAGGUUACAUGUCUCGCAUGUGAUAAUAAAUCAAAUACAGUCGAACCUUUCUGGGACCUGUCACUGGAAUUUCCGGAAAGAUACCACUGUAAUGGAAAAGAAAUGGCUGCCCAGUAUCCGUGCUUGGUUACCGAAAUGUUAGCCAAGUUCACAGAAACCGAAGCUUUAGAAGGAAAAAUUUAUGUGUGUGACCAGUGUAACACAAAGCGCAGGAAAUUUUCUUCAAAACCAGUUAUACUCACAGAGGCCCAGAAACAGCUUAUGGUGUGUCGGCUGCCUCAGGUUCUGAGACUACACCUUAAACGAUUCAGGUGGUCAGGGCGAAAUCACAGAGAGAAAAUAGGAGUACAUGUUGGUUUUGAUGAAAUUCUGAACAUGGAGCCCUAUUGCUACAGAGAGUCUUUAAAGUCUCUCAGACCAGACUGCUUCAUCUAUGAUCUGUCUGCUGUUGUCAUGCAUCAUGGGAAAGGGUUUGGCUCAGGACACUAUACUGCAUACUGCUACAACUCUGAAGGAGGAUUCUGGGUACACUGCAAUGAUUCUAAGCUUAACAUGUGCACUCUGGAAGAAGUGUGUAAGGCCCAAGCCUACAUCUUAUUUUAUACCCAGCGAGCUCCUCAAGAGGAUGGAUACUCUAGACUCUCAGCUCCCAACCCCCAGCCAGCCAGGGAAGAAGCCAGCCCUCUGAAUGUGCAGAGCUGAUCCAAAGACAGGGACUGACUGUGGCAGCUUGGGGUGCUAUGCUUUGAAUCCGGCUGAGGUAGGGGGUUUAUUUUGUACUUUCUCUUGUGAAUCAAUGUACACUAUGUUUAUAUAUUUUGUAUCUAGCAAGACAAAGCAUUCUUUUUACAGAAACAAAGUUGGUAUAAAUUAACACUUGUAUAUUGACAGUAGGUAACUUUUAAACAUUUUUAAAGUACCUGGAGUUUUCUUAUACAGAUGGUUUUGGUUUUGUUUUUUAAGAGAAGAAUCUUUAAAUUUUUAAUGUUUACCUCAGAUUGGUGUUCAUUCUUUUUUAUCUAUCUUUUUAAAUCAUGGAUUUUUAUGAGACUGUCACUAAAAUUCUGGUUACACCAUUUUAUGUAUAUUUGUUAUUGCAUGCCUUCUUAAAGGCUAUUCCUACAGGGCUAAUUCUUUUAGGUAAUCAAGAGACCAUUUCACCAAAAAAGGGGGGUUUCUUUUAGGCCAGGUAUGUUAUUGAGCACUGCCAUGUGCAAGACUCUGGGAGAUAUAAAAACAGGCUGUUCUUGGCCUUGAAGUCACUUGAAGGAGAAUUAAAUCCUUAUCACAAAUAAAUUAGUGGUUGGCUUAAUUAAGCCCCACCCCUGGUGGCUUUUCUUACAACUUGUUUAAAGAAUAGCUUCUUUUUGGUUAUAUUCUAAACAGAGCCAAUAAAAUGACUACAGGGCCUAGUUCUGAUAGACCUGUGUAGGAAUGUUUUGUUUUGAAAUACUAGAGCAAAGGAAAAUUGUUCUUUACUAGGCAUACUCAAAAUGAAAACGGGCAGCUUAUAAUGUUUGUAUAUUCAAGUGAGCUUAGUAUUGUGGGUAUGGGGAAGAAUAGAGGAGGAGGAGGACAAUGAUGGGUAGGACUUAGUAUCUUCUUUGUACAAAAUGAUGUUAUCAACAUCAAUCUGUCCAAGUUCCAAUAGAGCAGACUGCUCUUGCAACCAGAAAAUGUGAAUUUAGUGACCAUCAUGCAGAGACCAUAAGACUAAAUAGUUUGAACUGUAAAUCUCAAAAGGGCCUAGCCAUUUCUUGCUUGGAAAGAGGUUCGAUCUCCCUCUUCUGUAGGGUAUUUUUAGAUGAAUUAAGAAUGGGAAGUUUUAAAGAGGGCGUUGCCUAGGGCUUGUGUUGAAGGAUGACCAUUCAGUAUGUGUGUAUGAAAAUCGGUGUAUUAUCAUGCUGCAUUUUUCAUUUUCCCUAAUGACUAUAGAGUUUAUUCCCUUGCUCCAAGCCUCUCAAGUAGGAGAUGCUACUCAAAUAGCAUAAGCCCUAAUAUGAUGCAAGUUCCUUGUCUUUUAAAUGGCUUCCCUUUUUGAAAGGUAAUAAUGUUUUAAGGGGCCUAACCUAGUUAAGUCUACCUUCCUUACCACCCUUUGAGGGUGGGCUGUUUUCAUGAGCAAGUAAGGAUGAAUGACUUAAUUCAGGUAGGCCAAUUUCCUUCUGUCUUGAAAUUAAUAUACCCUGUUUUUCUUUCAAAAGUUCUAAUUUUGCUGCCUCUUGAGGAACGGCAAAAAGUAUGACCUCGCCUAGUGUUAAACCUUACAUACAAUACAGUUGCUCUCUUUUGGGAGUGCUUGCCUUAAGCACAGGAGGAAGACAAGAUACCCUCCCCACUACCACCACUACACUGUUAAGAUGUUGUUAUAUGCCUUCAACAUUUCUCAGAAAUUAAUCACAAAUGGGGAAAAACAACAUUGAAAAUUCAAAUUCAGAAAUGGAUUUGGGGGCAGUGGUGAUACUUAACCCAACUUUGUUGUAAUGAGAAUUUACCACUGAACAAAAUAAAGAUUUGUGCCAAAAUACAACUUGAGUAUUAGCUGAAUGCUAAGGUUUGAAAUUGUUUCAUAAAAACCUAUGCAAGUUGUUACCUCAACUGUUAGAUAAUUAUACCUCAAUAAAACUUAAUGUGGGCAAUA